AUGUCGUCACCAUUGCCGCCAUUAGCAACUCUGGAGAAUGACGGCCCUCAAAGCAAGGAAGACGAAGUUGUGGUCAAAACGCCACCAAGAAAGGUUCUACGACUCAACGCGAACGGGAAAUUCAGCUCUCCGCCGAGCAAAAAGUCGAACGAAAGCAGUGAACCCGAUUCUCUUCCCUCAAAACGACGUGGCCGACCUCGGAAGGCUGCUCGGCAGGCGGAAGCGGUACAACUGUUGGCCAAGCUGUCGUAUGGCACCGAUGACGAUAGCCGAAUCACCAUCGGAAGCAAGAUCAAUAGCAUACUACAUGGCGAGCUUGAAGUGCCCAUCGAAAAGCAGAAAUCACCAAAGAAGCGGACACCGCAGAAGCCGGCACGAUCGACGCACCCUCUCUUCCUCGGGAAGGCAAAGGCACCCCCAGCUCUCAAGGCGGAAUCUCCGCGCAAAAUGUCCGCCAUCACGCCCGGCAAGCUUCGGGUGCAGACCUUGUCCGAUCGAUUCCCUCAUGGCUUGCAAGACGUAAAGGAGCCCGAUUUCAUUUCGACACUUUUGAGAGACCGACUUUUGGUCAAGCAACCAGGUGCACGGGAUCCGCCAUUCCCAGCAAAAGACCAGGUCCACGUUCGUAGUCCAGCUACGUACACAGUCAAGCAGCCUAUGAGUAAUGCGACAUUCGACCGGAUAUGUCACCGUCGCAAGCGCAAGCGCAAGCAGGCGAGAACGCUUGUGCAUUCGCACGAUUCGGUUCUGACUACAUUCGCAUCUCAAUUGAAAACCGAGGACGAUCGCCAGGUUCGUCCAGAUGGCUUCCACGAACCAAGUCAAUCUCUGCGCGUACCCCAUCGGCGUCUCAUCUCAGGGGAGCAGAUGGCUCAAGAAAUCGUCAAAGAGCUCUCGGUACAGAUGCCAUCCGAGGUUGAGGACGAGCUUUCACUUUCGUCGUCUGAACGACACAUUCAUUCGGCCUUGCAUCACGUAUAUGCUGGAUUGCCGCACACCAUGACGGCUUUCGAUCUUUGCAGAGGCGAGCCACUGGCCUGGACGCAGAAGCACGCCCCUGUUCAUUCAGCACAUGUGUUGCAGCCAAGAGGCGAGAUUGUCGUGUUGAGAGAUUGGCUCAAAUCACUGUCUGUACAGGCUGUCGGAGGUGCUGCCACGCAAGUCAAAGCUGGUCCCUCGAAACUCGUGGAGAAAGCAGUGAAGAAGAAACGCAAAAAGAAAGCUGAUGAUAUGGAUGACUUCCUGAUUGACAGUGACGAGGACCUGCGGGAGAUGACUGAGCUAAAUGAGGCAGAGGUUGAAAGUGGUACCUCCAGUACACGAAGGGCACAAGCAAGUAUUGUACAAACAGUGCAGGGGAACGCUAAGCUCAGCAACGCUGUCCUUCUGAGCGGGCCUCACGGUUGUGGCAAAUCUGCCGCUGCGUAUGCCGUGGCCAAAGAACUUGGAUUCAAGGUCUUCGAGAUUAGCUCCAGUGAGCGCAGAAGUGGGCGAGACGUCCUCGACAGGGUCGGCGACCUCACAGAGAAUCAUAAUGUGCGGCAUCACGGCACAGUCCAAGAGGACAUCUCGACACCGGCCGAAUCGACACAGCACGACGAGGCCUUUCAAAAUGACCUCGCAAGUGGCAGGCAGGGAAAGAUGAACGCUUUCUUCCAACCUCAGGCGGUCAAAAAGAAGCCCGCCCCUGCACGUGUGAAUGCCCUGAACAAUGCACAGGCAAAGCCAAAGUCCACUCACAAGAAGCUCAAGGCCAUAGAAGAGCUUAUCGCGAAGAAGCCGCAGAAAGACCAACAGCAGUCGCUGAUCCUGCUCGAGGAAGUCGACAUCCUCUUCAAGGACGACAAAGACUUCUGGACGACAGUGAUGAAGCUAAUGAUAACGUCGAAACGACCCUUUAUCAUGACCUGCAACGAUGAGGAUACAGUCCCGUUCCAGGCCAUGGUGCUACACGCAGUUCUGCGUUUCACCCAACCUCCUCCCGAUCUUGCCGCUGACUACUUGCUGCUCGUGGCUGCCGCAGAGGGCCACUUACUUCGACGAGACCCAGUUCUCGCUCUGUAUCGCCACAAUCGCUCAGAUCUCCGAGCCAGUCUCGUCGAGCUCAACUACUGGUGUCAAAUGGGUGUCGGAGAUCCUCGGGGAGGACUCAGCUGGAUCUACCAAAGAUACCCUCCGGGAUUGGACAAGGACGAGGAUGGCAGAACCCUGAGGGUUGCCAGUGUCCAUACAUACCAAGACAGAAUGGGCUAUCCAUCGUGCUUUGAUGUCACCCCCGAAGAUGCCUUGCUAUGGGCGUGGCACGAUCUAGGGAUCGAGCCAGCCAGUGCACUUGGCUGGGGAAUUGUGGAUGCUAUUGAUGACGCUGGUGUCGCGUGUCCCGAGAAUCGACGACUACAGCUCAAUAAGCUCUCAAGGUUCUCAGAUGCUUUGAGUGCGGCGGAUGCUUUCUCUGCCUUAGGCCUGCCUGAAAGUGCACCAUUUGACCCAACAUUGCCAGACCUUCCGGACAAGGCUCGUGGUCACUACAUCGAGGGACGGACACUACUGCAGGUCGACGAGAGCGUCGAGCGCUUUGACACAGCGAGCGCAAUCUAUGCGGCUACAAUACUAUCAGCGUAUCGUAGUUUCGAGGCCACUGCUGCAUCUCCCGAGCAGAUCACGAAACGCAUCCUCGCAGGCGCGCUCUCCGACCAGCAGAUGCCCGUCAAUACAGAGAUUCUCAGUCGAGGCUCGUUUGCCUGCUUUGAUCCAAUCGCAACAAUCAGCGAGUCCGCGCUGUCUGCGAACCCGGGGAUCUUCCAGUCGGUCUUCGACGGCCCAAUGCGCACUCUCGCUCUGGAUCUAGCACCCUACGUCCGCACCAUCGUGCAAUACGACAAAGCUCUGGAGGAGCAACGCGAGCGACUCAGUCUACUCAACACCGACGGGCGUGCUUCGAAGCGUGCGAGAACUACCCGCGCUGCCAGGAGUGCGCUCGAAGGUAGUCAGCGAUCAAUUACCCGGAAGGAGAGAUGGUUCGCAAAAGAUCUCGACAUGAGUGCGGCAUUAGCGACUGGCGGCAGUGGUUGGCCAAGACUUGACCAUAUCGCUCCAUCUGUCACUGCCAGCUCAAGGGAUGGGACAAAGGACGAUGGGCCACCAGCCUCCAGUGCUGAGAGUACAUGA